AUGACGACUGGACCAUAUAAAUUUCCACAGAUGCAAAAAUUAACACGGACAGACACCAAACAGGUACUUAUAUGCAAUUAUCGUCAUGCUCACGACGUCUUGCUGGUGAUGUUUGGAGAACUUCGAAAGCAGAAACUGAAAGUUCCUGCUGAUAUGACUACAGCUCUUAUGCUCCUUCACUCAUACACAAUUGCUCGUAUGCAUGUUCGACGUGGUGACCAUCUCAAAGCUGCUCGCAUGCUUAUCAGGGUUGCUAAUCACAUCUCAAAGUUUCCUGCUCAUACUGUUCCGAUAUUAACUUCAACUGUUAUCGAGUGUCAGCGAUCGGGACUCAAGAACUCCUCAUUCAACUUCGCCGCCAUGCUGAUGCGCCCUGAAACCCGAUCGCAGGUUGAUGAAAAAUACAAAAAGAAAAUUGAGGCCAUCGUCCGCAAGCCUCAGAAGAGUGAGGAAGAAGAACCAGGCAGCCCGUGCCCUUUCUGCUCUUCUCCAGUGGUGGAGACGACUCUGGAAUGUGGACAGUGUCAGAAUGCAUUACCUUAUUGUAUUGCCACGGGCAGGCACAUUUUGGCUGAUGAUGUUACACUGUGUCCAUCCUGCAAGUUUCCUGCUAUUAGAUCUGAGUUACUGAAACUUGUAGAAGACGGAGAGGAGUGUCCCAUGUGUAGUUCAGCUUUGAGUGCAGACAAGCUUCCCGUGGCUUCGGAGUGGAAGUCUGUUGUUAACCCUGAAGCCCAUGAUUAGAUUUAAAACAGGUUGUACUAAAAUCUCUAGUUUUCUGAAGAAUUCAUCUAAUAUUAUUAUUACUUAUUCCCUUGCACAAGCAACAUACAUAAUAAUUUUUGUAAAUGUGGCUCUAUUUAUUGUACUCACUGACAAAGUACCUACCUUAUAAGGUUUUCCAGAUGUUGAAUGUUUUAUCAUAGAUUUUUGUGUGGAUAGUAGUCAAUAUUAACCUUGUCAUUUUUUUGUCUUGUUCAUCCAUAUAGGAAUCUGCCUCACCAAGUCACGUUAUUCUUAUCCGUCCUGUGCUAUUACACUACUUUAUGAAGUGUAAUAGUGAUAAUCUAGUCAUAUUCAUAUAAUAAUUACUGUGAGUGCAGAUAUUUGUGUAUUGAUUUUGGACACAAUAGUUUUAUUUAGAAACUGGCAUGUAUGAAUUUUAUUCCCAUUCAGGAUUUUUAAUGUAAUAUUUGGAAAGAGUUUUAAGUAUGGUAUAAAGCAAUAUUUUGCUCUUAUAGAUCAUAAGUUUUGUGAUGUGUUACGACAAAAUUUCCCUUAAUGAAAGCAGUUAGUUUUUUAUUCCUAUCAGUGUUUACAACCAAGGAGGGAUAUUUUUAUUCAUUUUUCACUCGACUUUUAAGCCUGUACCAUCUAGCUAAAAUUUUUUUAAGUAAAUUUCUUUUUGUAUUAGCAGUGGAAAGGAAAUAGAUUAUCCUUUAGUUUAGUGUGAAAGUGGCGAAACCUUAAGAUUACUUAGGGGUUAUUUUCAGAACUGUAAUGAGUUGCAAAAUUUAUGCCAUCCACGCUUACUUGUCUUUCGUUUUGAUAAGCUAAUAAAUGGAAAACAAAAACUUGGUAUCUUUUGCCAAUAAAAUCACAAAAUGAACCUGGAGAAGUGUUCGAGGCCUCAUCCAUGACCUUCCAGUUUCGUCUUGCCAGGUCUGUCCAGAUUAUUAGCGGCUUCAAAUCGCCACCAGAGAUUUGGUCAUUUUCUUUUGCAAAAAUGGUUACAAAAACUGACCAAGUAGAUCUGGAUUGCAAGAGAAAAAAACAGAAAAAUUUCCAAAAUAAAGGAUUCUAGAAAAAUUUUGCUAUAAUUGAAAGGCUCACAAGGAAGGAGACAAACAGAAAUCAGUUAAAACUCUCGUAACUGAAUUAUUUUAUUAGUUAAUCUUACUCUGUAUUUGAUUGAUAAAGUACAAGUUUCUGUGUCAGUAAAAUUUUCAUUUUCCAGAUGCAUAAAGUAUGUUUACUUGUAACCGAAAAUCUAUAAUACAGUACAGUAUUGUAAAUGCGUUUAUUGUACACCUCAACUUUGCAAAAAACAAAAGUGAGAUUUUCUCUGUUACGGAUCGAGAUCCGCUCAGGUUCUUUAUUACAUCAAACAAAAAGGAUUCAACACCAACAAUUGAAACACGGGAUACGAAUAUAAAGAAACUCAAACAGAACAGAAGUUUAUUUACAAGCUUAUUCACAAAGAUAAAUGCAGAAUGGUUUCUCUUAUUUACACAACAAAUUGAAAUCUGAC